AUUUCUCUGAACUUUGAAAUUCAUGAUCAAUCAUAGACUCCAUAAUGCUAACAAAACCAAAAUCUUCAAUUUUCUAUAAUCGCCUCUUUUUGCCCCUCAAAAUUUCUAUAUCUUCACUCCACACCACAACAAAGAGCAAUGUUGUCCUUAACUCUGUAAGAAUCCGCAACAAAGCUACCAAAUUUGUCGUUUAUUGCAAUACCCAGAUCACUCAAAAUGGAAGAAAUGGUAAUAUCAGAGAAGCCGAAUCAAUUUUUAACCGCAUGCCAUUCAAAACCACCGUAUCUUGGACUGCCAUGUUGACCGCAUAUGCAGAAAAUGGGCAAAUUUCAAAAGCCCGUGACGUGUUCGAUAAAAUGCCGGAAAGAACAACAUCUUCGUACAAUGCGAUGAUCACGGCUUAUAAUAAGAAUGGUUGCAUGGUAGAUGAAGCUUAUAAGCUUUUCUGCAAUAUGUCUGAAAGGAAUGCUGUGAGUUACGCCACGAUGAUCACAGGGUUUGUUAGUAAGGGAAGGUUUGAUAAGGCUUUGGAGAUUUACGAAAAUACCCCUGGGAAAUGGCGGGAACCUGUUUGUUCAAAUGUAUUGAUAAAAGGGUUUUUGAAAAUUGGGAGAUUGGAGGAGGCAGUUGGCUUUUUCGAAGGUAUGGCUCGGAGGGAUGUUGUUUCUUGGAGUCUAUUGGUUGAUGGGUAUUGCAAAAGUGGGAGAAUUGUGGAGGCUAGAGAAACAUUUGAUAAGAUGGUGGAGAGAAAUGUGGUUACUUGGACAACAAUGAUUAAUGGGUACCUGAAAAUGGGAUAUUUAGACGGUGGUUUUGGUUUGUUUUCUAGUGUGAGAAAAGAAGAAGGGGUUUUGGUUAAUUCUACUACUUUGACUAUUAUGCUUGAAGCUUGUGGACACUUUGAUAGAUAUAGAGAAGGAAUUCAAAUGCAUGGAUUGGUUUUAAAGUUGGGAUUUGAAUCUUGUGUCUUUCUAGGGAAUUCUAUUAUCACAAUGUAUUGUAGAUUUGGUUGUGUUGAUGCUGCUAACUUGGUAUUUGAUUUGAUGACGAAGAAAGAUUUGGUUUCUUGGAAUUCUUUGAUGAUGGGUUAUGUCCAAGAGAAUGAAAUUGAUGAAGCUUAUGAACUUUUUGAAAAGAUGCCUAGAAAGGAUGUAGUUUCUUGGACUACCAUGAUUAUUGGGUUUUCUGGUAAAGGACAAACUGAUAAAGCUGUCGAGUUGUUUAGAAUGAUGCCUGAGAAAGACAAUGUUUCUUGGACUGCAGUAAUUUCGGGGUUUGUGAGUAAUGAGAUGUAUGAGGAGGCUUUUUGCUGGUUUGUUGAGAUGCUUGAGAAAUCAGUAAAACCAAAUUCUCUUACUUUGAGCAGUUUGUUGAGUGCUUCGGCCAAUUCAGCAAUACUAAACCAAGGGCAGCAAAUCCAUGCACAAGCAAUAAAGAUGCAUCUGGAAUUUGAUCUGUCAAUUCAAAACUCACUUGUGUCAAUGUAUUCAAAAUGUGGAAAUGUAGCUGAUGCCUAUCAAAUCUUUAUGAGUAUUAAAGAAUUGAAUAUUAUUUCUUUCAAUUCAAUGAUUACUGGCUUUGCUCAAAAUGGGUUUGGUGAAGAAGCUCUUAAAUUAUUUAGGAAAAUGCAGAGUGAAGGCCAGGAGCCAAAUCAGAUAACCUUUCUUGCUGUUUUGUCUGCCUGCAACCAUGUUGGACUUGUGAAUGUAGGAUGGGAAUACUUUAAAUCCAUGAAAUCCUUAUAUAACAUAGAACCUGGGCCUGAUCACUAUUCAUGCAUGGUUGAUCUCCUUGGCCGAGCUGGAUUGUUUGAUGAAGCUGUUGAUUUAAUUUAUUCAAUGCCUUUUAAACCACAUGCUGGAGUUUGGGGAGCUCUCCUGGGAGCAAGCAGGACUUAUCUCCGUCUUGAUCUUGCAAAGCUUGCUGCUCAGCAGCUUAGUAAAUUGGAACCUAAUAGUGCAACCCCUUAUGUUGUUUUGUCCUAUUUAUAUUCUGUCCUGGGAAAGAAGAAAGAUGGAGACCAAGUAAGAAUAGACAAGAAAUUAAAAGGGAUAAAGAAGAGCCCAGGGUGUAGUUGGGUGAUAGUUAAGGGUAAAACUCAUUUGUUUCUCGCAGGAGACCAAUCUCAUAAGGAUUCAGAAGAGAUUAGAGUUACAUUAUGGAGAAUUAUGAAGGAAAUGGAAGAGUUAGGUUGUUAUAGAUAAAUUAAUGGCUCCCUUUCUUAUGUAUGUAUGAUGAAUGGUUCCUCUCUUCUUUGUCCUCCAUAGGUCUCUUCUGCUGUAAUAGUUAUUAUUUAAGGCUUGUGGCUUUGUUUUGAAGCGCCCAACACUGGUUUUAAGGUUUUCCAUGCCAUUCUUCAUAUGUGAGCAUUAUGCACUGUAGAUGAGGAAAUCGAGAAGAUAAAAGUGAAGAAUGUUUUAAACGGAAUGAUGGUUGCUUAGCUUGAAAUUCUCAUUUGACCAGGUUUUUUGGUAAAAGGCUAAAAGAUGUGUCCAUUGUGGGGCUUUUAUUGGAUGAGAGAACCACGCUUACUGCCCCUUGUGGGUGUUGCUAGAGCUCACAUCUAAUUUACAGGUUACCCAGCAUGUAAAAUGGGUUCGUUUCCAGCCUCUUGGAAGUAUGUAGAGCGCUAAGAGCAGUUUGUCAUCCAAAUCAAACCACUGUCACCACUGCUACUGCCAAUAACAUCAUCGUCAAUCCUUUCCUCAGCUUUGCCAAUGUGAACAAAAUGCCUUCACCAUCAGUAGUGAUGUUGCGUUGCUGCUGAAAGGAGCCAACUUGACCACCCUGUCUUUUUGUGCCGCACUGUGGUAACUUCCUUUUCUGUGUCAAGAAUGUAGUUUAUUCGGUAAGUGAGAUUAGUAGCUCUACUUCGACCGUACUAGAUGUAUAGUCUCAUAUCUUUCCUCUGUUACCCAUUUUGCGGAUGCUAGUUUGAACUAGAAUUAUGAAUUUAUGAUGGUUGCAAAUCCUCAGAGGUAAGGGAAAUGAUAUAUGCUUUUUUCGUCUUCUUGUCAACAGGGUUGGACCUCCAGUUUGCCUAUUAUGAAUUAUAGAUUAUGUUUACUUGAAUGGGGAAACAUGUGCUGUAUAGUAGAGUUUAUGUGAUAGCUUGUCCUAUGUUGACACAAAAAUGUCAGAACUAACAUGAUACUUGCCAAUUGCCAUC